AUGAGCUUACCACUACACGAGAAGCAACACGCCUACAGCUUAGGCAAAUCAACAGACUCGGCAUUUCACCAGGCAAUAACACAGGUUGAAGGGGCCAUCCAAAACAAAGAAAAAUGUCUAGGAUCCUUCAUAGAUACAGAAAGUGCUUUUGACAGAACGAACUUCUCCAGUAUAAAAGUUGCAUUAAGGAGACAUAGAGUUGAACCGGCACAGAUCGACUAUUGGAUAGUAAACAAGUUCAGUUCACAAACAAUACUGAUUGCUGGUGAAUCUCAGGCAGUCCAAAUAAGAAAGCGCUGCUCACAGGGUGGGGUUCUUUCACGUCUCCUGUGGAAUAUGAUCAUAAUAGAGCUAAUCAGCAAAUUAAAUUGUAACCAUUUCUAUAUUUAUAGUUAUGCAGAUGACCUGACAUUACUGGUCUCGGGAAACAUAAUUAGAAUAGAAUAA